CUAUAAGUUAGAAGCAAGCAAGGACAUCCCGAGCAUUGAGUUAAUCGAAUACAACGGCGACCCGCUUACAUAUGUUGAAUUCAUUGAGCGCUUCAAAUUACACAUCCAUGACAAGUCUCAUCUCACCGAUAAUGUACGAAUGGUACAAUUGAAAAUGCAUCUAGCAGGCCGCGCCCGUCGCGCAGUAAGCGGUCUCGGCUCUCACGGGAAAAUGUACGCAACGGCAUUAAAAACUUUGAAAGAACAAUUUGGCACACCAAGCGCUAUAGCACGAGCACACAUCAGCAAGCUACUGGAAAGACGUAAAAUUCAGAGCAGUGAUAGACAGGCCCUACAAGAGUUGUCGUUUGAUGUCAUGAAUUGUGUCGCAACAUUAAAGCAAAUCAAUCGCCUCGCAGACGCAAACUCCAUCUAUAAUCUGCGCGACGUCGUCAAGCGGCUGCCUGACAACCUUAUAGAUAAAUGGAAAGCAGCAGCGACGGAUAUUAGGGAAAGGGGAGAAGCGCCUUCUCUUGAGCAUAUCGGACGAUUUCUGCGAAAGCGCGUGAAGGCUGAAUUCGACCCUGACUUUGGGGAUAUCCAGAAAUCCGAAGCCCGCUUCCCUCAGCGUGACAGGCGUGGGAUCGCUUCCGGACAAAGAGAAAAGAAAAAAAUCCAAUGCUACGUUUGCUCAGAAGACCACCGAGUGGUAGAAUGCCCUGUGUUUUCGAGCUGCUCCACCGAUGAGAGAAUCCAACACGUCAAGAAGCAGCGACUCUGUUUCUCCUGCCUCAACCGCGGUCACGUGACAAAGGAUUGUAGAUCCAAAGCAAAGUGUGAUGUAGACGACUGCACUCAUUUCCACCACCGCUUGCUACACGCCAGUAAAGAAACGAAUCCUAUAUUAGGUUCGGUGACUUCUGCCCUCGAUAGAGAUGGAAUUAUGCCAGUCGUCAGAGUCUGUUUCAAGUCCUCCAACGGCAACGUACGCGAAGGAAACGUGUUGAUAGACAGCGGCGCGGGUAUCACAGUCAUCCGAAAGUCAUUCGCCAAAGCCCUGGGUCUCCAAGGGAAGGAAAGAGAAGAUAAAUAUCGCAGUCGUUGGAGGAGAGAAUAA